UCUGACUUAAUGGGCUGCAAAGGAGAAACAGAUUUAACAGUGGACGCGGCCUCUCAGCAUUGACACAGAGGCAAUUCAUUUAAGACAGGUGUUCCGCUCUGCCACAGCUUACGUUUACAUUUACUGUUCCACCCUGAAUUACCUCGUGACUCUAUGAAAGCUACAGCAAUGAAGACAAGGUACCAGAAAAGGGAGCCAAGGACUUGCAAAACUGGAAUUCCAGGACAAGUAGCAGUAAAAAAGGGCCUCAUGUAGAAGAACAAGAAAAGCAGCUCGCCCGUCCUGCCUGCCUAACAAUGGAAGCUUGAAGGAGAAAAUAGCUGGUUUGCCGGUGAACGCCACCACAGGACAGCUCAGGAUCUGGUGGACUCUGACAUCUCGCACAAACUGCUGCACGGCAUAGUCCUUCAGGUAGCCGUAGCCCCCGUGCAUCUGCAGAGCCUGGUUACAGAUCUAAGAAGACAACAUCGCUGGUGAAGUGACUCGCGUGGUGUCGAGGACAAGUCAGUGACAGGAAUCGGUGCUUCUCAGUGAAUAGAAGAUAAUUCAAAGAGACCAGAGAUGCCUUGGCCGAGCAGAAAGAGGGACAAAGGAGCAGUAGCAGAUAAAAAGGAGCCUGACGCUAAAAUUGCCAAAACCGAGGAGGAGACUCCAGAUAAGGAGGAAGAGGAGAAGUCCACAAAACCUCCAGCUGGGAGUUCCAAGUCUGGAUGGAAGAACUGGAAGAAGACAAAAGAAUCUGACUCCGGUGGGGAGGAAAGCAAGAUAACGUAUUGUCACUGGCUUCUGAAAUCAGAACCAGAGAGCAGGCUCGAGAAGGGAGUGGAUGUGAAAUUCAGCAUUGAUGACUUGAAAGCUCAGCCCAACCAGACAACCCAUUGGGAUGGAGUAAGAAACUACCAGGCGAGGAAUUUCCUGAGAGCCAUGAAGCUUGGGCAGCAGGCCUUCUUCUACCACAGCAACUGUAAAGAGCCCGGUGUUGUUGGCAUCGUCAAGAUCGUAAAGGAGGCAUACCCUGAUCAUACACAGUUUGAUCAGAAGGAUCCUCAUUAUGAUUCCACCAGCAGAAAAGAGAACCCUAAAUGGUCCAUGGUGGAUGUCCAGUUUGUGCGGAUGACAAAACGUUUCAUCCCCCUCUCUGAAAUCAAGGCUCACCACCUGGCACACAAAGCAGAUGGGGGGCCCCUAAAGAACAUGAUGCUCUUCACAAGGCAACGUCUUUCCAUCCAACCACUGACACAAGAGGAAUUUGAUUUUGUCUUGGGCCUGGAGGAGGAAAAGCCACAUUAAGAAACCAAGAGCAGCACAGCUUCUGCCCAGCCUGCUGAUGCCUCCUCCGAAACCAGCGUCAUUCUUAAGUUUACUUGCUCAAUCACAGCAACAAGAACCUGCCCGCACAUGAUUUGCAGCUCUACGUCCCUUAUUCUGACACACUGUUAUUUUUGCUUAUUUUUAAAUAAAGCCUUUUAGAAUGAA